AUGGUUCGCGGCUACUGGGCACUUGCAGCAGCACUGGCCCUGCUGCUCGCCCCCGGGGCCCUGGGCGCGUCCCUCAAGGCCGGCGGCCUGACAACCUCUGACCGCCGCGCCCUGGGCGAGCAGGCUGCCAACGCGCCGCCCGUCCUGCGGAUGGGCGACAUGACCCUGGUCGGCGGCCGCGUCCCCACCAUCAAUGUGGGCGGCCAGUCAAGCGUGUACGGCAACCUCAACAGCCGCCACAGCGGCGGCAUCACCCUCAGCGGUGGCGCGCUGGGCCCCUUCCAGAACGAGGGCGGCAACGUGUACAUCGACCAGUGGCACCGCCGCCGCAUGGGCGAGCAGGCCGCCGCCUCUGCCAACGCCAACAUCUUUGCCACCGGCGGCCGCACGUCCGGCUUUGCCCCCUCUGACCGCGCCCCCAUCACCAACUAUGGCGGCUCGACCUCCUUCACCAGCGCCGGCGUGGGCUUCAGUGGCGGCCUGACAACCAGCUUUGACAACUUCGGCAACCCCGUCGCCAAUGAGGGCGGCCGUGGCCAGAUCUUCCGCCGCCUGGGCGAGCAGGCUGCUGCCGCCACCAUCAACGCUCAGGGUGGCACGACUUUCAUUGGUGGCGCCAACCCCACCAUGGUCUCCGCGAGCCCUCCCGCCAACGCUGGGGCGGCCAUGAACCAGGCCAUGGCCUCUUUUGCGCAGCAGCAGCAGUGGGCGCAGCAGGCUGCAGGCGGUAGCCAGCAGGAGAUGCAGCAGUGGGCGAAGCAGAUGAUGGCCAACACUCCACAGAUGCAGCAGUGGCAGCAGCAGCAUCAGGGUCGGCAGCAGCAGGCGCAGCAGGCGCAACAGCAGGCGCAGCAGCAGCAGCAGCAGCAGCAGCACCAGACACAGCAGCAGCAGCAGCAGCAGACGCAGCAGAAGCAGGCGCAGCAGAAGGAGCAGCAGCAGAAGGCGCAAGCCAGUCCCACGCCGGUGGGGUCGCCAAGCGUGCAAGCCGCGCCCAAGGGCUCUCCAGCUCCCGCCACACACAAGGGCUCCCCUGCUCCGGCCCGCCAUUCGUAA